CUUCCCUGAGGAGACAAUGGGCACAGGACGGGCAGAUGUCGCCAAUAAAAUACGACGGCAACCAGCUCGGAAGCAUAUUCGGUGACGACGAGUCAAGGCCAUCACCUACUAAUACUGCCGACGAUGAUGACGAGGCGAAUACCCUGAUGAAAUGGCUCAACUACAACAAUGGUGCCAACACCAGCAUCCCACCGUUCCCGCCUGACGCUACCACCAAGGCAGACACUACAUCCGAAUCACUUGAAAAGAGCCCGCGCAGUACUGUCACCCGGACGCAUACGGCGCCAAAGCAGGAUGAGACAGACGAGUAUGGUCUGCCGCUGACAAGCUCAACAGCAUUACCACCAUCACGACAGCCCUCCGCUUCAAAGUAGCCUGCUAGCUUCCCCAUUCCUCUAGUUCCCGAU